CAAUCAUAAACCCUAACUGGUCCCAAUUUCAAAUUUUGAACUUGGCGCUCUUCGUUUCCACAUUUCCCAUUUUCUCAGAUCCCCCAGGCCUUCUAUCUAUCUAUCUCUCUCUCUCUCUCUCUUUGUGCCUCUCUACAAAGCAAUGGGUGCCAAUCACAGCCGCGAAGAUCUGGAACUGACCGACUCCGACGCCGAAGAACACGAAGAACAAUCGGAACAAGAAGAAGAAGACGAAGAAGAGGAAAACUACCACGAUGCCAAUGAUCGAUCCUCGGAGCGCCGACCAAAAACCCCGUCUUCCUUGGACGAAGUGGAGGCCAAGCUCCAGGCCCUCCAGCUCAAAUACUCGUCCUCAACAACGACCCAGAACUCUAAUCUCAAGAACGCCGUCAAGCUCUACCUCCACAUCGGCGGAAGCACACCGGCGGCUAAAUGGGUCGUCUCGGAUAAGCUCACUUCAUAUUCUUUUGUCAAGACCUCUCGGAUCGAUGGUGACGACGACGACGAGGAGGACGAAGACGAAGACGGAGACGGAGAUUCUUGGUGGGUUCUGAGAGUCGGUUCCAAGAUUAGGGUCAAGGUUUCCACGGAGGUGCAAUUGAAGACCUUCGGCGAUCAGCGUCGAGUUGAUUUUGUGGCCAAAGGUGUUUGGGCGAUGAAAUUCUUUAGCGACGAGGAGUAUAAGAGCUUUGUUUCAAAGUUUCAGGACUGUGUGUUUGAGAACACGUAUGGGGUCGAGGCCAUUGAAGAGAACAAGGUUAAAGUGUACGGGAAGGACUUUAUUGGGUGGUUGAAGCCUGAAAUUGCGGAUGAUUCGGUGUGGGAAGACACCGAAGAUAGCUUCUCGAAGAGCCCGGGUUCGGAGACACCGGUGAGAGCGAACCAGGACUUGCGCGAGGAGUUCGAGGAGGCAGCCAAUGGCGGAAUACAGAGCUUGGCAUUGGGUGCAUUGGACAAUAGUUUCUUGGUUGGUGAUUCCGGCGUUCAGGUUGUCAAGAAUUUCACUCAUGGGAUUCAUGGGAAAGGCGUUUAUGUCAAUUUUGAUGGUGGGAAUUCCAGGAAAGGUUCGAGCUUGGUGCAUUCCACGCCGAAAAAGGCGCUGCUAAUGCGGGCUGAGACAAAUAUGCUCCUUAUGAGUCCGAUGAAUGGUGGGAAGCCUCAUUCCACAGGGCUCCAUCAGUUUGAUAUUGAGACUGGGAAGAUUGUGACCGAGUGGAAGUUUGGGAAGGACGGGACUGAUAUUACAAUGAGGGAUGUGACAAAUGAUAGUAAAGGAGCGCAAUUGGAUCCCUCGGGUUCGACAUUCUUGGGAUUGGAUGAUAACAGGCUUUGCCGGUGGGAUAUGCGUGAUCGAAAUGGGAUGGUUCAGAAUCUUGCCAAUGCUAGCACCCCUGUGUUGAAUUGGACACAGGGGCAUCAGUUCUCUCGUGGGACUAAUUUUCAGUGCUUUGCCACUACCGGUGAUGGUUCCAUUGUUGUUGGGUCUCUUGACGGGAAGAUUAGAUUGUAUUCUACCAAUUCGAUGAGGCAGGCGAAGACGGCUUUUCCUGGUCUUGGUUCACCGAUUACUCAUGUAGAUGUUACCUUUGAUGGGAAGUGGAUAUUGGGUACCACGGAUACGUAUUUGAUCCUUGUCUGCACCAUGUUUACUGACAAGGAUGGAAAUACUAAGACGGGUUUUACCGGCCGUAUGGGGAAUAGGAUCUCGGCUCCAAGAUUGUUGAAGCUGAAUCCUCUAGAUUCACAUUUAGCUGGAGUUGAUAAUAAGUUUCGAAAUGCUCAGUUUUCGUGGGUCACAGAGAAUGGGAAGCAGGAGCGCCAUUUGGUUGCGACUGUGGGCAAGUUUAGUGUGAUAUGGAACUUCCAACAGGUGAAGAAUGGGUCUCAUGAGUGCUACCGCCAUCAGGAGGGCUUGAAGAGCUGCUACUGUUACAAGAUAGUCCUGAAGGAUGACUCCAUUGUUGACAGUCGCUUCAUGCACGAGAAGUAUGCAGUCACUGAUUCACCUGAGGCCCCGCUGGUCAUUGCAACCCCCAUGAAAGUCAGCUCCUUCAGCAUAUCCAGCAGGCGAUGACAUUCUUAGUCAUGGCCAUUCCUCGUCAGCUUUCUUUGCUCCACCAAUGAAGCUUCAAAUCCUUUGUUUUAGAACUUCUCUGUUGUAUUUUAGAUUGUUGUUUCAAAAUGAUGUCUAAUUGUACUACUAUGUUCUGAAGAGAAUUUUAGAUGUCCUGCAUUUAACAAGCUGUUUGAUGCCUCUCGGCAUAUAGUGUCAUAUUAAAUAUUAAUGCUUAAUGAAGCACAAAUUGCUUUCUCCACCGGAGAAAUUCUCAGUGGA